AUGGCGUGGCCGAUCUACCUCUAUCUUCCGAACAUCGUCGGGUACUUUCGCAUAUUGGCGAACGUCUGGGCCUUCGCCAUCGCUCUUUCCGAUCCCCGCCUCUUCGUCGCCCUUUACUUCUUCAGCUUCUUCUGUGAUUACGUGGAUGGACGUUUUGCCACGUGGUUCAAUCAGAAGUCCACAUUUGGCGCGGUCCUGGAUAUGGUCACUGACAGAAUGAGCACCACCUGUUUGCUCCUCGUGCUCUCCCACCUCUACCCGUCGCUCAUGUGUGCAUGCAUGGCGCUGCUGGUGCUGGAUUUGACAAGCCACUGGUACCAGAUGUACAGCUCAUUCUUAGUGCGCAAGGCCAGCCACAAGGACGUGGCAGCAACGGACUUUUGGCUCAUGCGCUGGUACUACGGCAGCCGCCCCUUCAUGGCCUACUGCUGCAUUGGCGCUGAGCUGCUGUACCUCGUGCUCUUUCUCGACUCAGACCCACUCAACCAACAAGUGCAGGUCUCCCUGCCUUACCUCGGUCCGACAGGGGUCAUCCAAGCCCUUGGCCUGCUGUGUCUCCCCGGAUGGGCGCUCAAGCAGGUCACCAACGUGGUGCAGCUCAAAACAGCGGCAGAUGCGUGUGUGGAGUACGACCUGGAGAAGACGCGGAAAACCUCGUAA